ACAUCACCAGACAAUUUGCUGUUUCCUAACCUAUACGAGUAAGCUGAUUGGAUCUUACCCUGCUCAUUCACUCCUGAGGCUUGUUAAACAAUAAUCUCCUCGGAUCGGCCUUUCUUUGGGAAGAGAAAGCCACGUUAGUGAUGAGCACAGGCAGGUUACGUGGAACUUUAUCCUGUGUGUCGGAUGGGGACAUGACCGGGGGCCAGUCCCAGGGCUUGGUCCUGCAGCCCUUCUGGGACUACCUCCACCGGAACCACCAUGACCUCCUGAGAAGCCCUCUGUGCCCCGUGGUGCUCUCCGUCACCACCUACUUCUUCGUGGUUGGUCUUUACACGCUGCUUGACCUGCUGGCUCCCACCUGGCCCUGCAUUAACCGCUACAGGCUCCAUCCUCACAGAGCCGUCACCUGGCCCAACAUCUGGGAUACGCUGGGAGUCACCAUCUACAACCAUCUGCUGUACAUCUUUCCCGCUGCGGUGGCGCAGUGGCUGUGGAGGCCGCCCAGCCCAUUGCCCUGUGAGGCACCCACUCUCCAGAGCUUCUUUCUGGGCAUCCUGGGCUGCACGCUGGUCUUUGACUUCCAGUAUUACAUGUGGCACCUGCUGCACCACCGGAUACCGUGGCUGUACCGCACGGUCCACGCCGUGCACCACCAGUACAACCAGCCCUUCAGCCUCGUCACCCAGUACCUGUCUGGAUGUGAGUUAUUCAACUUGGGAUUUUGGGCUACAAUAGACCCCAUCCUGCUUCGGUGCCACUGCCUCACAACAUGGGGCUUCAUGGUCUUCAACAUCUACAUUUCCACCGAGGACCACUGCGGCUACGACUUCCCGUGGGCCAUACACAACCUGGUGCCCUUUGGCCUGUGGGGUGGUCCGCCCAAGCAUGAUGCUCACCACCAGCGGCCCAACACUAACUUUGCCCCGUUCUUCUCUCAUUGGGACUGGCUCGGGGGCACCCACACCGCGCCAACUCCCCUGAGCCACGAUGCCGUGGAGGAGCCAGACGAGGUGAAAGGGACAAAAGACCAAAGAGCUUGAAUUCGUCUCUCAUUGACUCAGUCGCUUUUUGACUCAAACUGCCUCUUUUGUACCCGCACUCACUCUAACACCCUUGUUUUUUCCAACCAGUUUCUUUCUCUACCAUCUGUCUUUUUGAUAUUAUUAUACUGACUCACCCUUUUUAUUUGAUGUCUUCCACUGCUCUCUCACCGUUUAGGAGCUGAUUAUCAGUCUAACAUUUGACUCUGGUAAGUUGUUGAGAAGAAUUAUCUUUUACUUCUGUUUCAUGUACAAUGAUAGUAUAGAUUAUCCUGUACUGUUGUACAUGUAUCUCUCAUUCACAGAGAUUUCCCAUUUAUGUUAAUGUGUUGAUGUUAUUAUGUUAUUUCUCCUGUUUUGAGCUCUUUUAUUGAGUAUUUGCUGAUAGUAGAUGGUGUGAUCUGUCAGAGUGAUUACACACCUGUUAGCACGUACAUUGUCCCUCUCUCGCUCCUCAGCUCUGACCCUCUCACUCACACGCAUGAAUAGCGGUCUUUUAGCUGCACCCUAGUAUGAUGCGUGGGCGCAAUACUAAUCUGUCCAUCUCUUUUGAGACAACAUGCUCUUACAGAAGGAGUUCUUAAUAAAACUCCCCAAAAAGACAAUACCUUUGUGACAAAACUGUGAAAAUAAAAAAAAUAAAAAAUGAAUAUUUUAUUCAUGCCUUUGCAUUUACAGCAGCAGGUGUUAUUCUUCAAAAUAUCUUACUGUGUUGGACCGAUAGAGACCACUAUGAGAAUCAAGAGAUUUUUCACAUUCAUUUCACAUUUUAGAAUAAAGCCAAAUGUAUAAAUAUGUGGCUGUUUUCAAAGCAGAUAUAAUGUGGUUAUCCAAUACAUUUCU